GAUGUCGGUGAACCCCAUGGCCUACGAGGCGCAGUUCUUCGGCUUCACGCCCCAGACGUGCAUGCUGCGCGUCUACAUCGCCUUCCAGGACUACCUCUUCGAUAUGAUGCUGGUGGUGGAGAGCGUCAUCCUGAAAAAGCUGGAAGGCUUCCCCGACGCCAAAAUCAGUCCCCUCCAAGUCCGGAAGAGCACUGAAAAGUUUCUGCUCUUCAUGAAGGAGCACUUCGAUCAGCUCUUCAGUAAAAUGGAAGAGGUGCUUCUGCAGCUGGUGCUGAACGUGCCCAAGCACGUGCUGCUUCCCGAGGACAAGGUCCACGAGCAGUAUUCCUACACAAAAGAGCAGUUCCAGGCGCUUCAGGAGGAGAUUCAACAGCUGCAGCAGCAGUACAGGGCCGAGGCAUCCGCCGGGCAGGCACUUCUCGCCGAAAUUGAGGAGCAGAAGUGUGUGCAGGCUGAACUCGAAAAGACUUUGCGGUGGUUUGAUGGGCUUGAGAGCAUCUGUAGAGCGCACGGGACCAGCAACUUCAAAGAAAGCUUCGCAUUCCUGACACAAAAAUCCAAGAAACUCGAAGACGUGCUAAAGGAUCUUGAAAAGAAAAGCAAAAAACUGCAUAGUAGUGAUCAAUUAGCGUAA